UCGUUACGAUAAGCCGAUUUCGAGCGUCGUGCCGGUGGAACCAACAGUAAAGCAGCUUUGUGAUACCGUGUGCAUGGUGCAUAUGUGACCAGCAUCCGUUCUCGUUCUGUACGAUACAACCGCAAUCAAUCAGUUUUCAAAAACCCUGGCCCCCGGUUCAACUCGCAGAGAGCCGGAAAAAAACCAUCACUACCUGACUGAAUCCAACGUUCCAUUGCGACGGCAAAAGCGGUUGGAAAAUUGCAUGAAAGCAGAAACCGACAGGAAAUCCGGACUCCAGUUCAUCACAAAAACCGAAGCGAUUACACCAAACCCAUCGUUCAUUGUCGAGAAGCAUCCGCAGCGAGAAGUGGCAAUUGCAUUCCCAGGAAGUAACAGCUUUUUGUGUGCAAAACAACAGCGCGCUCAAAACUGCAAGAAUUGACGACCGCCAACCAACCACCAACCACCACCCGGGGUGCCACAAAAAGGGACGCUUUUCCGCUCCGCAUGCUGAACAAGCAGAUAAUGAUGCCAUAAUUUAAUCAAGAAAUUUAUCCUUGCUUGCUUCUUUGUGAUGCAUGUAUUCCCCCACAUGACGACACCGACGAGGACAUCGUCGACGACGAUCCGAGAGCGGACGACAUACGAUAAUAGGAAAAGAUUUUUAGAAUCGAAUCAAAACGAACAAGCAUGUGGAAUGUCUCUGGCUGGAAACGCAAGAUGUCACUUCCACGGAGGGAUGCGGCAUGGUAUUGUGGAGUAAACGGGAAAGAUUGUGUUCUUAGGCAGCAAAUUGAAUAAAUAUCUAAUGUGGAACAGGUGAGUGGGCAAUCGAAUCCCACCGCCAAGGCAAGGCCAGUGGUGUGAGAAAAAGCUCGUUCGCUGGAAACGUGGCGAUACCCUCCAAUGAGACGAAAGCGUCUGGCUGCCACGGAUAGCAGCCUGACAUAAAACGGAUAGAUUAUUCAUACGACGUUGUUUCGCUCCAUCGAAAGCCAUAGUCUGUUUGGGUCCGGAAACCACCAUAAAGUAGAGCCAAUUGUGAGCGUAACAAAUCCUCAACGAAGGAAUGGGGGCGUAACCGGGUCCCUAAUCCAGUUUACCAUCUUUAUGUAUGGAUCCAAGAUUUUUGUCAUCAUUGUCGACAUUGAUAGCGUCACCGGUAACACCUACAGUAGCUGCUGCCGUCGCGUCGGAGGCUGCUGGCAGUGCUGUCGAAACUGCCACCGCAGCCAUCAUCAACUCAACAGCGACCUCCAGAUUUCUGGAAUACCUGACGAACGGUAGCACAACCGUUUCGCCACAGUCCGCCCUCGCAAAUCAUCCUGUAUCAGUAACCCUCACGAGCUCUCUAUUAAACAAUCUUAGCACCGAGAGUCCCCUUGCAAACCCGACCGAUAAUGAUAUAACUUUCCAGACAGUGGCUGUAAGCAUAAUACUACUAGCCGUAAUCAUCGGAACCAUCAUCGGUAAUGUGCUAGUUUGCGUGGCGGUUUGCUUGGUACGAAAGCUACGUCGACCCUGCAACUAUCUACUAGUCUCCCUAGCGAUCUCCGAUCUUUGCGUAGCCGUUCUCGUAAUGCCAACAGCUCUGUUGUACGAAGCACUGGAUGAAUGGAAGUUCGGGACGGCCUUCUGCGACAUCUGGGUGUCCUUCGAUGUGCUCUCCUGCACUGCUUCAAUCUUGAACCUGUGUGCCAUCUCAGUGGACCGCUACUGGGCCAUUACCAAACCGCUCGAGUACGGCGUUAAAAGUACCCCCCGCCGUAUGAUCGCCUGUAUUGUGCUGGUCUGGCUCGCAGCAGCCUGUAUAUCGCUCCCACCCCUACUAAUCCUAGGUAACGAACACAUGACCAACGGCCAUCCGUCCUGUUCGGUGUGCCAGAACUUCUUCUACCAAAUAUAUGCGACACUUGGUUCCUUCUACAUCCCGCUAGCGGUGAUGCUCUUCGUGUACAACCAAAUCUUCCGUGCCGCCCGUCGGAUCGUGAUGGAGGAAAAACGAGCCCAGAAGCGGCUCGAGAGUGCUAUUAACGGGAGUGUCACAACCACUACUACCACCCCGACCAAAAAAUAUGGCCCGGGUGGCACCGUUCUAGUCAGUACCCCGCAGCACAAGCGACUUCGCUUUCAGCUAGCCAAGGAGCGCAAAGCAUCCACCACGCUGGGGAUCAUCAUGUCGGCCUUCAUCAUCUGCUGGCUGCCGUUCUUCAUACUCGCCCUAGUGCGGCCCUUCCUUGGCGAGGACCACCCGACGCUCUCGUCGUUGUUCCUGUGGCUGGGCUACGCCAACUCGCUGCUGAAUCCCAUCAUCUACGCCACCCUGAAUCGGGACUUCCGGAAGCCCUUUCAGGAGAUCCUGUUCUUCCGCUGUUCCAGCCUGAACAACAUGAUGCGGGAGGACUUCUACCACAGUCAGUACGGUGAUCCCGGGUCACAGCGCCUGGUCGCCAAGAACCUCGGUAGCGCUAGGGAGAGUUUCCUUUAGGUUGUAAGAGGCAUUAGUUAAACCAUGGUCGACGGUAUCCAUUGGCCGAACAGACGUUUAGUAGUGGCAAGUGUUAAGUAAGAUGCUUUUUUAUCCCACGGUGGGUGUUCAGCAUUUCAGUGAAUUAGUUGUGGGAUUCCGACUCACAACUACUCAUCGAUUUUUCGAACUAUCAUCAUCUCUACGGAAGUUUCUUUAUGCAUUCCAAUCUUCCUUUGAGUCCUUGUAAAUCCUCUUCGAACAUAUGCUGUUCAUAAUUGUGCUUUCAGUGGUGCUUUCAGUCCUUAUCCAAAGUCUUUAAGGACAGUUCACCGUCAAUGUGAUACAUUUUACGUUUUCCAUAACACAGAUUACUAUUUCUUGUCUAUUUUUUUGAUUAUCUUGGUAAAGUAGUAAUGCUACAGCACAACUUCGAUUGGCAUUUCGCCUCAGUUCUUAACCAAACCAAACCAUACUUCAUCCAACUUUUCUUGCGAGAAUAAUACUCCCAAAUGCUGAAGUCUAUUGGAUACAAAUCGUGAGACGAUGUGGGCCAUUCAUGUCGUUUCAAGGCCUUAUGGGCCGGCGCUGAAUCCUGUUGAAGGCAGAAAUUUUCUUCUUCAAAUAAUUCCUUGGCACAAAACAGUAUUUGAUGAUGUGUUGUAAAAAUAACUCUUUGCCUUUGUGUCACACCUCUAUGGAUGAGUGUGAACAUUCCUUUGGUGUCCACUGGAAUACAAUGUUCGAGCGACAUAGCAUGCGCUGCCAUAACUAUUCCUCAAAUAGUGACGUCAGUCGUUGUGUUUAUAUUCGAUUGCCUACCAAAUCCAUGUGAAAAUGCUACUUUCGGUAUGUGUAUUAUCAAUGAAAACCAUACAUUUUAUUGAAGUUCCCGUUGAUUAUGAAUAUAAUGUGACAGCAUGCAGUGGAUAUUUGUGAAAUUACGUUGAAAAGAACGAUUAAAAGUGAUAUUUCAGUACAACAUUUUCACUCCCCCACGGCCAUAGAAACGAACGAACUUUCAUUGGUUUUACCAUACCGUAUUGCUCUCAGUGUCGGCGUGUGUGAUGUGGAAAAAAAGUGUUCAAUUGAGCAGCAUUUCACCGGAAAUGGGAAUGAUUCCGAGGACUAAGAACACGACUGCUCUCUGGACCUUUUUACCAUAUAAAUAAUGGAAACAAGUAACAAUACAAUUGCCAUCUGUUAAACAACAAACCGUUGCAAUAUUUCAUGAGAAAUUGAGUUCAAAUCAUCAUGAAACCGAGAGUACAUUGAACAUUGUUUUGUUUGUUCCAUAUACAUUUCAUAGAGAUCGCAAAUAAUUACGACACGAAAUUUUGCAUGCGAAUUCAAGUAUACUUCGCCUACUGCUUCACCUCGAUAUGUACCCCAUUGGUAUCCACCAAACCAUCACAGCUAAAGCAUUCUAAAAUGAAUCCACUCCUGGAAUAAGCUGGAAUAAGAUGAAAAGAUGCCUUUUGACGUAGGAUUACGUCUUUCGGGAACAUAUUGGGGUACAAAUUGAAAAUCGAAAAUCGAGCACAUCGUGAAAAUUGUCCAAUUUCAAACGCUCAUUGCUCAGUCAUUUCUUGAUGGAUUGAUGAAAUUUUUGCGUCAAUAGAUUUCGGCACUCCAUAACAAUUUUUUGUUUUGAAGAAAAUAAUAUAUGUCAUGAAACUAACUAUCGAACAAUUGAAAAAUCUCAGCCCCUAUCCUAACGGAAAUACCCACUUCUGAUUGAUCGAAAUUGACGACACAUGCGGCGGGUCCCUAACAGAGACAUCAAAACCAAACUGCCUGGGGGGAAUCGACAUUGAAAAUACAUGAAGGUAGGGGGUAGUGAUCUCCGAUUUUUGAAAUUAAUCGUUCAUCAGCUAAUCGAGUGCUUUUCAGCAGUUUGAUAUUCGAUACGAUUAAUCGCCCCAAAUAAUCGAUUAAUCGAUUAAUCGUCACACUGAGAGGAAUAAUUAGUUAGACUAAUAUUUCUCAUUUGCUAGAAAGCCAUCUAGAAUCAAAAAAGUGUUCAUUCCGCCUGAUAAUCAAUUAUUAUCUUUUACGCUAAACUCGUAAACGAAGCUUAAUUCGCAUUGACGGCAUUGAGCUUCCUCGACGAGUUCAGGGGAGCGUCAAAGAUAAUAAUUGAAGUUCAGGAUGGAACUGCAGCGGCCGUACGUUUUUUUCUCUGGAUCGAUUAAUCGACGAAAAUUAUUCGUUCGCUUCGAUUAUUGGUUGCGCAGUAUUCAUUCGAUUAAUAAUCGAUUUCUGUAGAAAGUAUUCGAUUAAUCGAUUAAUCGAACGAUUAUCGGGAAUCACUAGUAGAGGAAACUUUUGUUCCUACCACAAUGUGUUCCCUAACAGAGACAUUAAAACCAAAAUCACUAUCAAAGAGUUUAACGAUGUAAUUCUUCAAACAUAUCUGAAAUCAACAGAUAGCCUAACGGAAUCCUACGUCAACUAUGUGGUCGUGUCUCGGACACAACCCUCCUGUGACUUUUUUGUUGUGAACAACGUGCGUCUUUAGCAGCAAUCGAGAUCUGGCAACCCUGUGGGUAAUAUCCGUAAAUAUGCUGUCCUUUUUUAAAAUACAUGUCCAAUGUAUUUUUUGGUCGUAUCAACACAACAAAAUAAAUCAUUAAAAGAUUUUCUCAUAAUCCUCUGAAUUGUAUGAUGGUUACAGAUGGUUUGGUUGAACUUUGCCUUCAAAUUAUCUGCCCUUGACGCUCCUCCUUGAGCCGAUACAUAGUUCUUCGCUUUCAAAUUGUGGAUCUGUGGAUUUUUCUGUAAUUGUGGAUGCCAACCAGUUUCCGGACAGUGUUUUGUUGGAAUUGUAAUGCGAAAAUAUAUAGUGCAAGUUAUAUCUGAGUCACUCAAUUUUUACCCCAUAAGAUUCGUCUUGAGUAGCCUUAAUUCGCGUUAUCCAAGCUUUGUUUACUACCUGCUUCAAUGAAUUGAAGAAAUUGGCGCAUCAAACCAUUGAGGUUUGGUAGCUUGACGAAAUUUUGAGGGUUUAUCAGGAUCGCAGUUUUGAUAUCAGCUUCCUAGCUGCAUCCAAUCCUUUUUCAGCUUCUUCUGCAUCGACACUAACGUAAACAUCCUCAGGCAUCCUCAGAAAGUCUUCAAAAGUUCGCGAAAUUGAGAACUUUCUGAUUAAAACGUGCAAUUGACGUUAUUGAUGAGCGGUAGAACAAAGUUUAGGAACAGCAUAUUCGGUUUAGUCAUAAGAUUGUUUAAAUGAGUCAAUAUACGAUUGGCGGAUUGAUUAUGGUUACAUACUUAAGAAAAGUUUAAGUUCUUCAAAUCGCUCAAUAUUUCGCUUAACAACUGCCUUCAACGAAAGCCAUCUCGUUGCGUUGCGUUCAACAUUUUUAUAAGCCAUGGCAUCUAUUCCUGGCACUAUAAUAAAUUUAAUAUUUAAAAUUGACUUUGCUGAAAAAAAAUAAUCUGUACAUUCUUUAUCUUUGCUGAAAAUCUGUAAUUCUGUAUAUACAGAUUCUUAAAUUUGGCGAAAAAUCUGUUAAAUACCGAAUUUAAACAUGUGUCGCAAUCAAAACAAACAAACAAACACAGCUGAGUUCACAUCGGAGGGCACCCCAAUAUGUGUAGGGGAAAUGCGGUUAAAAUGAACCAGUGCUCAAAUUCCGAUAAUUCAACUAAAAACCAAUCGAUACUUCUUGAUUAUCCUAAUCUUAGAACACAUGAAGCUAUUUAAGACACCAUGUUAUGCAUGAAACUGUCAAAUGUGGAAAAAAAAAUAAAUGAAACAGAAAUUUCUCACGCAGUGCCCAUUCGAAUGUAAUUUUGCGCGCAUCGUAUUUAAGGAAUUUCCCGUGAAAUUAAAGUUAUAAGAGCUGAUAUCUACGACAAAUUAUUAGUUUGGACGACCGUUCACAUAUUAGGUAAACUGAUAUUUUGUUUGAUUUCAGCGAUAAAUUCGCAUUCGAAAUUACUUUGUUGUUUGGGGCAAAAUGAGCCACCUACGGAUAACGACUUACAAUGUUAUGUUUUCUGGAGCUGAUAUACCUCAUCACAUGUUGCCCUUCACGGUAUCCAUUUUGUGGCUUCGACCUUGGGAGAAUAUGCCACCUCAAACAAAACCAAACCACAAUAUGUGAAGCGUUAUGUGGUUCCUACCUCGUCUUUGUAGGGGAGGUGGAGGUAAAACGGACAUGUUAAAAAGAACUUCAAUUAUAUCUUAGGAAACUCAUGUUUUCCAAGACUUUGAUGCAGUUUCUUGCAAUUCAAUACACUAUUUUUCUACCUAAUUGGCCAAAUAUUUUACAAAAAAGUGUUUUUCAAUGUUUUUUACUGAAAUUAAAACAGAUCUAAAAGUACAUCAUUUUUUUCGAUGCGGGUAAUAUGGACAUAUAGUGGGGGUAAUAUGAACAGGUUUGUAAUAUAUGAAGCGUAGAGGUUUACCGAUCGCGAGAGGAAUAAUUUUAUUUAACCAAGGUCUGAACUCAUCACGAAUGUCCGUUAAAUGAUGAAAAAAUCGAAUUAAUCCACCUAGAAGUGAUAUCGUGCUUUCCAGCAGUAUAAACGGACAGACCCUCAACUAUUUUGCUUUUGGUUCCAGUCAGCUUCUAAACAGUCCACAUUUGGCGAUUUGAUUUCCAUUUAUAGACGCAGGGUAUUCCUUAGGAAUAGAUUAAACAGACUUUUCACAGCUCAUCUCACUACCACUGGCAACUGUCCGUUUCACCCCACCAGUACAAUUAUUUCAAUAAUUGAAAUUUUUCCACUUAAAAAAUGAAUUUACUUUUCCGUACAUACCUAAUAUUGAUUCUCUGUUAACUCACAAACCGAAAUAUAAGCAUCAAGGAAUUGAAUUUUGAUAUUAAACCACUCAAAAUGCUUAAUAUUGAAGCAGCUAAAAUUACGUUCACACGCGGAAUCAUGCAUGAUUUUCGGUGUUUGUUUCCCUUUUCCACUUUUGAUCAGUAUUCAUUGCCAUAGGGAGGCUUAAAUAUAAUAGAAUAACAUGUAGAAAUUGUUCUCAUUAACAGAAAUCUAAAAUUCAAAAUGUAACUAUACAAAUCAACCACCUGUCCAUAUUACCCCCACUGUCAGUAUUACCCGCGGUUCCCCUACGUAUGAGAAAAUUCUAAUUACUACUCUAGGUAAAUAGGCUCAGAUUAUUUCAUGGAGAUACCUACUUUCUCAAAAAUGACUCAAACAAUUUUCGACAUGGAACAACGUAUAAAUCUAACACAUUUAACAUGAUAUGAACAGGUGUUCAUUCUACCACCACCAGGUUGUCAUUUUAACCGCACACUAAAAAUGUUUGAUAUUACAACUAUUUUUCUUUUAAAGAAAUAUGUACUAUUUUCAUUUUUUAUAACAAAAACGUUUGAUAUGUUAAACAACAAUUAAUUAAGCUAUAAUAUUCUUCAAAGAACAACGAUUGUAGCUGUAUGCGGACGCAGUAAACGAGCAUAUUCGUUAGGGUUUUCAUUUUAACCGCAUUUCCCUUAUCUCUUUCACGGUGACACUCAGUUCAUGUCUGUAAGCUAGUAAUAAAUUCAUAAUCGCUAAAUGCGCAUUAAAUUGAAUGCAAUAUUGAUUCCAAACUGGUUCGGUUCGAGUUUUGUAUUAUAGAAACUUUAAAUUUUAUACUUCUUUCUUCUCUAGCCUUGAUAAAGACCUUUUUGGAAAACAUAACCUACUCAUGCAUGAACGCUCAUGCCUUGAGAACGGCAGUCUUUGAACUCGCUCGACGCACGCCGGCAACCGAUGUUGACACGAUGACACCAGGGUUGCCACAAUAAAAUCUGUAUUUUCGACCUAAAAAAAUCGUUUUAUCUUAGUUUGUUUUCCAGAAAAUCUGUAUGGAUAUCUGUAUUGAAUUUAUAAAUCUAGUUUUUAGCCACAAUUUGAGCUUUAUUAGCACUGUUUGGCAUGGUUAUUAUACGAUGUUGAAGGUUUCCACGUAGCGCUAGAAAACGUAUACUUUGUAGUAAAAACACAAUGCUUCAUAGAGGUGUAAUGAAAGUUUAAACAGUUGCAUUUUUUCAAGCUUGUUUGCAUUGCGUUACGCAAAUACCCUUAUAAUAACAUAUUCCUGAGCAUAACUGCCAACGAAUGAAAACGUAGAUUCAAAAACUGGAUAACUAUCAGCGUAUUAAUAGGGGACAUUAUAUUGGCAUGAAGCCAUGUGCUUAGGAUAAGGACAGGUUCUGAUAGAAUUUAGUUAUGCUACAUGAAUUAAUCGGUACGUUUUCAUUUAUAUUUAUAUUUUUUGAACUUUUAUUGUUCAAACGUUUACCAAUUCAUUUCAACAAAUGGUUAUUUGUCUGUUCUCAUCCAGUUCAAAUUCAAACUCUAACGAAGAUUUUGUGGGUUCUUUAGAUUCUGCUCAAAAUUUCCAAAGUCUGAUCCUGCGUCCUUAGAUUUGAUGUAUUAAACUUUCUGCUUUCCUAGUUGGUCUGAGUAAAAUCAUUUUCAAAAUAAGUAACAUAGAUUUGCUCAUCGAGUCGUUCAAAUGAUGUAAAUCUCGAUUCGUCGUUUGGUUUCGAAUUCAACUUGAAAAUUAACACGUUCAGUUCGUUCAACGACGGGUUCCAGGGAGAUCAAGCUUGUUGCAGAUAAAUUCAGAAUGUUCAAUGAUUUGAGCUCCACUAUUUGCUGGAUUGGGUUGAACUCAAUGCAACUCGAUGGAUCUAUAGAAUGUAUCUUUCACCUGAAAAUUAUUUUCACCAAAUUCAAACGACAAUAGCUAAAAUUUUUACGUUUUCCAGCUCGGUAGACUCAUCAAUUAUGAUCGAAAAGACCGAAUUUUUCAUUUUCGCUAAAGGAAAAGUUUUCAAUGUUCAGAUUGUUAGUAUCCCUAAUCUCGUGGACUGCCUCAUUUAUGUAUUCCGCAAUGUCUGUUCCUAACAUGGACUAAACCAAUUAUUCCGUGUUGAAGGGACGCCUUGCAAUCUAAACAAAUAUUUGGGAAUCGAGAAGUCCUCACUGCAACACCAUUUAAAAACAUGAACUAUUGGAAAUUUUAUAAUUAUCUGAUUAAUAGGGAAUUUUCGAUUAAUAGGGACUCUUCAAAUCGAUUGCAAUAUAGAUCGACAUCUCGUAGAUUGAUCAAGAAAUGGCUGAGAAAUAAGCUCUCGAAAUGAACAAUUUUCGUGAAGUGAUUGGAAAAAAAUAUUAGAGUUCAUUGAAUAAAUAUAAUUAUUGUAUGAUUCUGUAUGAAAUCCUGAAAAUCUGUAAUCUGUAUCUACAGAUUCUUGGUUUGAAAAAAUCUUUAAAAAUCUGUAUAAAUACAGAUUAUUCUGUAGAUAUGGUAACCCUGGAUGACACAUUUAACCAGAUGAUGUUAAUGUUUUAUGUUUUAUGUUUUAUACGCCAAACCAUGAUGUUCCAUAAUUAUAUUGCAAUACAUUGCUAGCGAAUGUCAAAAUUGACUGGAACAAAAAUAUCAUGACUCCAUCAUUAAUUGUCUAAGCAAAAAGCGCUGAAAAUUGGACAAUUUUCAUGGCGCAAUCGAUAUUUAGUGUUUUUUAAAUUUUUAUUCUCUAAAGGAAGUUCUACGCAUAGUUGUCCCAUGUUCCAAAAUCAGCCACUGAGAAAAAUGCAAUCAAAGUUUUCUACCAUAUUUGUCUACCAGAAGCUUUAAGCAUUUCGGUUUAGCAAUACACUGGGUUUUUUUUUAUAAGCAGAGAACUAUUGUUUAAUGAAAUGUCAAAAGUUCUUCCCACUUUGAACAAACAAGCUAGAUUACGGUUCAAUUCAUUACGGUGGGACAGUUGUGAAUAGAAUAUUAGGAAGGGUGCCAAAUAAAAACAGGUCACGUUUAAGUUAACGUUAACAACUAUUUUCACUGUUAACGAAUUCUUAUGAUUUGCAUACCAAUCGAAUCAGAAACUCUCUAAGAUUUGUUUGAUAUGAUAUACAUUACAAUUCGCUAAUCUCUAAGAGGUUAAAAUUAAUGAAAACUGCAAGAAUUUCAUUUUUCCCAUACAUUUGUUCUCCCGAUAUGUGUUUGCUAACCCUACCCGUAUUUCGAAUGAAAUAUUUCUACGCGUCUAUCACAAUUAAUGAAAUAUUAUUUUUCAUGAGAUGAACAAUUGAAUAACUGUAAAAUGUCAAGCGUUAUCUAAACGCCCUAACCACAGAGCUGUGUUUCCCUAACACGGACUUCAAAAUUAAUGUGCCUGAGGGAAUCCGCUUUGCAAAUACAUGCAAGUCGGGGGUAUUUUUUGGUGUUCAGUACUUUUGUACUCGCUUUUCGUUGUGCAGACCGGAACAUGUUUCCCUUAAACGUACUUUUAAACUGAGGAGUCUGGGAAAAUAGUCAUUUCAGAUACUAGAGGUGAAUGAACUUUCGCGGUUCGAGAAGUACGUAAACAUGAGAUGAACUUUCGCGGUUCGAGAACUACGUAAAAUGAGAUGUGCAAUAAUUUCAGAGGGAAAUGUAAAAUACAAUGAUCGUUUGACAAUUCUUCCGUUCACAUAUUUUGGUAGUCCUAGACAUCAUAUCAAACGUAAAAGGACGUUAUCAAAUUUACCUGUUAACGAAGAACAUAAUCUGUUCCAAAAAUUUCGAUGCAUUUUAAGUAAUAUUCGAAGUGGUAAACAAGUGGAUUGCAUAAUAUAAUUGCGUAGUUCUACGUCGAAAAUGCGGUCGUGUCCUAGAUACAACCCCUCAAAAUUUUUCUGUGUUUUUCUGGAAGACUAUGCAUAAAAACAUCAUUUUAUGGAGAAAAUUGUCAAAAAGUAACAUGGGACAACUAUGCGCAGAAUGGCAGUAUAUAUACCCUAACACUCGAUCCUACGUCAAAACGUAUCGAACGUAUCGUUAAAAUAUUUUCAAUCCUUAAAACAACAAUUUUUAAAACAUUGGUUUUUCACUUCAGUAAUUUUGAAAUUUACAUUCACUGUGAUUCAGUAAGAUAAAGAUAAACAGUGUUAUUUUUUAUUGUAACGCUUAUCGAUAACACAGAUUUCCGUAUCUUUCGAACACGAGAAAGAAGGACAACACGCUAUGUAUGAGUAUCAAAAUAAAAAGAAAUGACUCUGUUUAGGACUGAUUCGAAAGCCAAAUAAAUAAAAUGGAUGAGAAGCGAAAAAUAUUAUUGACAUGAAUUUAAAACUUGUAUUGAAACGUUAUUUUAAAAAAUCUGUAUAUUCUUUAUGAAACUCAAAAAAACUGUAAUCUGUACAGAUUCUCGGUUUAAAAAAGCCCAAAAAUCUGUAGAAGUGCAGAUUAUUCCGAGAUACGGUAAACCAGGCUGUUGAUGCUCCAGAAUAAUAUUCUGAACUGCUUCUUCACGGCUUACUCCAUACUUCUCUGCUUUUUCCGUUGAAAUAAUAUUUCGGAUCUGCCUUGAAAUUUUGUGUCCAACAAUUCAGUUGGUUACUAGGAAGCUGGCUUUAGAGGUUCACAAUUUAUUUCGUGAUAGAUAUAAACAAAGAAGUGUCAAAACUGAGGGAUGCACACAUUUUCUUUAAGUCAUACCAUAUGAAGAUUUAAAAACAACAUUAUUAUUUUUGCAACAAAAAAAAAACAACUCUAAUGUUUACAAAAAAACAACGAUGUUCUAAUGGAAAAAUGACCUUAAUGAGUUUUGUUUUUCUAUAUUCUUAAUUGAUAUCCAGAAUAGUUUAAAAAUUUAUGAGUUUUGUUCAAAUUUUGAUUUCUAUCGGGAGUGAAUUUUUGUGCCGGUUACAGAAUAUUGCACAUAAUUUGUUUAUCACUCAUACAAUCAGGAUUUCACCAUUACUAGAACAUUGCCAGAACAGGAACAAACGCCAACAUCAAAAACUCUGAGCCUUCUGGUGUGUCCUAUUUUUGGGAUUUUCGGCUUUCCAGAGUUAAAGAUUGCUCUUCCAUUCCCUGCUUGUAACCAUAUACCUUAUCAUGUGUCAACUUGAAACGCAGGAACUGACGACCUGAGGACAGAGUAACGGUAGCCAUGCUAGUGACAGAGGAGAGAUGAAGAUCAAACCUCAUCAGGGUUAGAUGAGUGAGAUGUAACCAAUGCAAGUUUGCACAAACUUAGUUCCAUUCAUUAAUCCCGCAUCUCUAGGUUAUCAAAAUGGGUACAUUUUUCUACCGAAGAUGGUCUCUUGAAGGUUUUUGUUGGUACUUACAUAUUAGCGUCAACGGAGCCGGAGGAGAAAAUCAAUAGAUAGCAAUUUUAUUGUUCGCAAGGGCACUCCGUUAUCCUUUGUAUUGUUGUUGCCUUGUUGUUUGCAAUGUUUUAUUAUUUUUUAGUGCUACGGAAAUGUGUAUUUGGGAUUGAGGUAUUCGCAUAUCAAAGCCACCGAAGCGCAAUUUUCAUUGUGAAAUUAUUUUUUCCGAAAUGAAAUUUAUUUUAGGGUCAAUGUAAUGGUGACGAAGUCUCCAUCUAACGAAGAUAAGAAACCAAGGCGGCCCCAAGCCGCUGAGGUAACACAAUCCGAGUCGACCGCCGAACCGCCGUCGGAAGCGACGGUCUCUCGCAAGCAAACAUGUGUUCCAUUGCCCGAUUUUCUUGAAGAAGAACAUUCUUUAGAUUGGUCCGACCAAGUGUUAAACAAAUAAACCUGCUAUCUAUAGAAUUUCGACUCCGGUGACGCUAAUACGUAAGAACCGGUUUCUUUUUUCAAGUCCUAAUUCCAAACACCCGAAUUUUACUUGAAAACCAUAGGAUGCCAGCAUUGGAAUGAAAAUCAAAUCGAACUGAAAACUCAGCACCCACCAUAGACAAAACAGAGCAAAUCAACACUAGUUCUAAAUCAGGAAUCAAAACCAAAAAUCAGACUAAGACAAAUAUAAAAAUCAACAAAUGGCAGCUAGCUUAAUACUACAUUCGACGCACAAUUGUUCCAAUUUGUUACAUUAUAAAAACUGGAGAAUAAUAUUUUGAAAGAUUUUAAUAUGAAAUCGUUUUAAUUUUUUUAUUUUUGUGGAUGCUCGAGCAAAUACAGAUUCCGCUGAGAGACCAUAAUUUAUGCACAAAAUAUAAACACGCUCACACUAACGCUAUAAGCUAAGCUAAUUCUUAGGAUUAAUGUAUAUAAGUUCAAUGUUUGUGAUAAUGGGAUAUCAAAAAAAACACGAGAGCUCCGAAAUGAACCGUUAUUGAAGAUGCAAUGCGAAAGCGCUCGGAGCGAAAGAGUGCGCUCUCUUUCCGCGUUUCCUUUUGUACGAUAUGUAUUCAAUGUGAUGGAACCAACCAAAAAAACGAAACAGCUGUGUACGAAACAGCUGAAUAAUUUUAAUAAUUUACUGCGAGAAGAAAAAAUGGGGAAAAGAAAUGUGCACACGAGGCUCGAGGGCAUCAGCCAUCAAUCCCCCACCACCCCCACACGAGUGGAGUGGAUUAGAUUAUUUUUAGGUGAGGAUGUUCUGGGCGGAAAGUUGAACGCUACAGACAAAGAUUGGUAUUAUCUGUAAAUUACGUUAACUUGUUGGAUAUUGUAAUUUUAUUAGUGUAAUGGUCUAUUUUGAAGUAGGAUACUUAAACGGUAGCUGUAGUGUUGGUAGUGAUAUUAUUAGAUGGUCACGCUGAGCUCUUAGCGCUAACUAUAUAGAACAAAUUUGUUUAAACGAAUCAAAACAGUCUGUAAUAAGAUGCGUAAAGCCAAUUGUAAGAUUGAAUUUGUAUCAAUAAAACUGGACUGCAACCAUUGUAUAAGGGGUUGUAAAACAAUGUAGUGAAAGAAGACAA